AUGGUGCUGUGCUUUAGUGUCGGGUGGAUCAUUAAAUUCAGAUUUUGAGCUAAAGCGCCCGGCCAUCAGCUCCCAUGGUGACAGUUUGCCAUUGUAAGGGAGAUUAGCAUGCGCAUUGCCUUGCAUGUCUCACGCAGCUACAGCGGUUCUGUUACAAUGCAUAAGGUGGUGGUAUAAGAUGGGAAAGGAGAGCCAAGGCCCUAAGCUCUCAGCAAACCCGCCUCAGUCUUCAUCUUCCCUCACCAGAAGCCGAUCCUUUAAUCAUGGUUGCCGUUUCUCUGCUCCUUUCCAUUGCCCCAGCCUUCGUCCUUUCUGCUCACGCGUUUCCUGCCCUGCGGAGGUGGCCUGAUGGCCCAACCCAUAUAAAUGGGGAAGAUGCCAAAGCAGCGUACAACUCUACUCAUGGCGGCUCACCCCACAUCCGUCAGCAGUCUUUAUGCCAGAGCAUCACCAUGGAUCAGCUCAACGCGAUGGGGGAUGCUCUCCAGGAUGCCAAGACCUAUGCGACGAACACCUGGGGUGCAGGUUGGGACACUAUAACAGUGAAUCCCCCUGAAUACCCUGGUAACCCAGCGCAAGCAUGCUACCCCAGUCCAAUGACGUUUACGGCAACCUGGAACUCGGACCCUACGUGCUCGACCUCAAGCGUCAGAUUCACUGGAUUCGCCGCUAAAGGUACCAAUGCCGCACAAGUAAGCAUCUACCAAGGGUCCUCUGUCAGCGCCUCGACCACAGUUGAGAGUUCUACUACCAUCGGCAGCGCAACCGAAUUCACUGCUGGGGUCACGGUCGGAAUUCCAGAAACAGCACAGUUUUCUUACUCAAUCUCCGAAACUGUUUCCGUCUCCCUCACCAACACGAAGGGUUCCACUACUCAGAACACGAAUGAUGCUCGCUCGACGGCACAGGACACUGUCACCUGCGACGGCCCAGCCAACGUUGAUGUGGAUGUGGACCUUCAAACCUGCACAGCUCAAGGUAAUGUCAACUUCCCGGUCACGCUGGGCGGCUGGGUGUGGUUCUACUAUGGAAGCCAGAAGAACGGUCAUUACAAAUGGGCCGUUAAUCUGGACGCAGACGGUGUGAGCCCUAUCGCACAUCGCCAACAGACCCUGUCGCUCUCCGUUAACGCAAAUACGCAAACCUAUGGUCACUUCUAUAGUAAGUCACUCUUUUCGUGGGAUGACCUAACAUUCACCUGUCUGCGUACCCGAAGGCAAUUGCUCCCCCGCUUGAACUCAGGUUGGAUAAUGCUUGCUGAUGACAUUAGUAACAACGGUUUCAUUCCUUUCCCUUUUUAAUUCUUGACUCCUAUCACGGACCCACCAGUCAUUUCGAUUGCACUUACUUUUGUCGUGAUGUAUUUCGGACGCUACCACUUCCUCAUUCUAACAAGUUAG